AUGGUGCAGAUAGUUGUAAGAGGCAGUGAGGACGGAAUGAAGCCUCCAGAGUGGUUACUGGUGGAGAUGCAGGGGGAGGUGGUGUCUCGCCACAAUUCCGGUCUGGCAGGGAAUGUGAUGGGAGAUCUGCUUUACACCAAGGAGGGGGUGCCAGUGCUCAUAGUUGGCCAUCACAUCCUCUACGGAAAACAGGUGAAGCUUGAGAAGCCCUUCGCUGUCCUGGUCAAACACACUGGACAUUCCGGGGACGAGGUUUGUGAACCCUCUGAAACCAUGGAGACAGAAGACCAGGGUCACAGCACCACAUCUUACUUUGUGAACGCUUUGAUCAAAAAGAAAAUUAUCUUCAAAACACGACCCAAACCCAUUAUUACCAAUGUUCCCAAAAAGGUAUAG